GGCCACUCUGUCCCUUGAAGAACUGAGCUGAACUUGAAGCAGGCCACGUGAAUCAGGAAAGUUGGCCCUUCGCCUUCCUGCUUUGUCCUCGAUCGACAGACUGCUGGGAAACAGGACCAUGGCUGCGAAACCCAAGCUUCACUACUUCGACGGGCGAGGCAGGAUGGAAACCAUCCGGUGGAUGCUGGCAGCCGCUGGGGUGGAGUUUGAGGAAAAAUUUUUAGAGAAGGCUGAAGACUUGGAAAGGAUGCAGAACGAUGGAACUCUGCUAUUCCAACAAGUGCCGAUGGUUGAAAUCGACGGGAUGAAGCUGGUCCAGUCCAGAGCCAUUCUCAACUACAUCUCCACCAAAUACAACUUGUAUGGGAAGGACCUGAAGGAGAGAACCUUGAUCGAUAUGUACGUGGAGGGUAUUGCUGACCUGAAUGAGCUAAUCAUGAUGUACUCGAUAACUCCACCUGGGGAAAAGGAGGCAAAGCUUGCCGUUAUCAAGGACCGAGCUUCAAACCGGUACUUUCCUGUCUUUGAAAAGAUCUUAAAGGACCACGGGCAGGACUUCCUAGUGGGUAACCGGUUCAGCCGGGCGGAUGUCCAGCUACUUGAAGUCAUUUUGUAUGCAGAAGAGGUGUACCCCAGCGUUCUCUCCAAGUUCCCCGUGCUCCAGGUUUUUAAGGCAAGGAUCAGCAACAUCCCCACAAUCAAGAAAUUCCUGCAGCCUGGCAGCCAGAGGAAACCCGCAAUGACCGAAGAAGCUUUUGAGGCUGCAAAGAUCAUUUUCAAAAUUAAAUAAUUGCAGAAUUACACAGAGAGGUUCAACACGGACAGAAACCCCAAGGAACAUCAGAGAGUUCAAAUAUUCAGAAAAGCAUUAGUUUAAA